AUGCCCCCGACCGAGCCAGCCCUCCACCCGCCUGACUUCACCACCUACAACCCGCAACCGCAAUCGCCCCUCUUCGCAACCCUCCCGCCCGAAAUCCGCACCGAGAUCUUCACCUACGCGCUCUCCCCCUUCGAAGACAAAUCGAACCUCUACGAGCGAGACACAUACUGGAGCAGGCCCGGGUACAGCGCCCCGCUGAAAACGGCCACCGAGCUGCUCCGCGCCUGUAGGCGCGUCUACGCUGAGUGCUGGUUCAUGCCCUUUGCGCUGGCGGAGCAUUCGUUUUACCUUACGAGUGGGGCGCGUGCGCCGGCGAGGGGCGCCUGGGCGUCGAAUCGGAGGAGGCUGGAGGGGCACCUGGGGCUCUUGCAUGGGGUUUAUGCGCAGCGGGAAGAAAAGGUGCGGAUGGGCGAUGUGCGGGUGUUUGCGCAGAUGUACCUCCUCGAGCCCGGGACGUUGCUGCAGAAUGUCUUUGAUACGAGGGGCUUGUGUCCGAAGCGGGUGCAUCUUACGCUGCGGUAUACGGAUUUCUGGCACUGGGAGAUGAAUGAACGGUUGCGGAUCGGCGGGGAUUGGGUGCGGAGGGUUCGGUUCCCGGAUAGCGUGAGGAGCUUCGUUGUUGAUUUUGAGAGUCUGGAACGACGGAAAGGGGAGAUUGAUAUUCUGGUUGCGGCGGCGGUUGAGAAGUGGGUGUUUAAGAGGAAGGACGGGCGGGUUCUUGCCGCCAACCGCGACGAUCUGGAGACGAUGAAGUGGACGGGCAGCUCGAUGUUUGAACGGACGCGCUGGAUCCGCGAUGAAGUGCGGCCCGGCGAGCUGGAUUACUAUGUCCUCACGGCGACGUGGAAACUUCAGCCCCCGUCUCCGGAUACCGUUCCAGCCGACGGGACUGACAUGAACAUUCGAGUCCCGCAUACUUACCAGCAACCGGCCCCUCCGUACCUCGGCCGAGACACUAUCAACGAGGAUGAUAUGGACGAGGCUGGCGUGGAUAUGGACACGCCGGCUGAGCAGGCCGUCCAUGCCAUAGAUCAGGCUGCGGCGGUGGCUGCGGAGGAGGCCGCGGCGGUAUCUAGGAGGAGACGCCGCCACCAUCCGCUGAGCUCAAUUAUCAACGGUGUUGGUGCUAGUCUGGAGGACGAUGACGACGUCGAGGGGGAUGACUAG